GUUGACUUUUAAUUCAAAAAAAUUUCCAUUUCUUCACAGGGAAAAAAAAAAAAAAGAGAAGUAUCUUGGGAUCCGAGUGCGUGAGCGCUCUACUCUUAUCCUAGAUGGACAACGUCGCGGAGAGUGAGAUGCUCGUCGAUGAAUAUGAGCAGUAUCAGAAUGACCGAACGGACGAUGUGGUCGUCUCUCGCUCCGGCUCAGACGAGCCGGAGCAAGAACCUCGUGCCGAUGACUAUGCGGCAAUGAUGGCACGAGUCCUCCCUAAGGACCCCGAUCUCCAGACCGAAGACGAGGCGCAUCAUACUUGGCACAUCCAGGAUUGGCGGAAAUUGAGGAAGAAGGAACACGGUCCGGUAUUCGAAUGUGCAGGAGUCCCCUGGCGAAUUCUGUUCUUCCCCUACGGAAACCACGUCGAGCACGCAUCGUUCUACUUGGAGCACGCCUGGGAAAAGGAUCCUCCCGAGAACUGGUAUGCCUGUGUCCAAUUUGCUUUGGUCUUGUGGAACGUGAACGAUCCAUCCAUCAAGAUUUCUCAUGUCGCCACCCAUCGAUUCAACGCGGAUGAGGGUGAUUGGGGAUUCACCAGAUUUUGCGAGUUGCGGAGGCUGUUCACGGUUCCUUGGGAGGGCCAUGGGGCACCUUUGGUCCAGAACGAAGAAGCCAAUGUCACCGCCUAUGUUCGCGUCGUCAAGGACCCCACGGGUGUGCUGUGGCACAGCUUCCAGAACUAUGAUUCGAAGAAGGAGACCGGAAUGGUCGGACUCAAGAACCAGGGUGCCACUUGCUAUCUUAACUCCCUCCUCCAGUCCUUGUACUUUACCAAUUCCUUCCGGAAGGCGGUUUACCAGAUUCCGACGGAGGCCGAAGCCUCCAGGGACAACAGCGCGUGGACCCUCCAGCGACUUUUCUAUAACCUGCAGACGAACGAAAGCUCGGUGUCGACCACCGAACUUACCGCAUCCUUUGGUUGGGAGUCGAGGCAGAUCUUCGAGCAGCAGGAUGUCCAGGAGCUCUCGCGGAAGCUCAUGGAACGGCUGGAAGAGAAAAUGAAAGGCACGCCGGCGGAGAAAGCCCUCCCCGAACUUUUCGUCGGAAAAACAAAAACCUACAUCUCCUGCAUAAACGUCGACUACGAAUCAUCCCGCGUCGAAGACUUCUGGGAUAUCCAGCUGAACGUGCGAGGAAACAAGACUCUUGAUGACAGCUUCAAGGAUUACAUCCAGGUGGAGACUCUCGAGGGUGAGAACAAAUACGACGCCGGCCAGCCGUACGGCCUGCAAGAUGCUAAGAAGGGUGUUAUCUUUGAGAGCUUCCCUCCCGUCCUGCAUCUCCACCUGAAGCGAUUUGAGUACGACAUUAACCGUGAUGCCAUGAUGAAAAUUAACGACCGCCACGCUUUCCCGAUGGAAUUUGACGCCACCCCUUACCUUUCCAACGACGCCGACAAAUCGGAAUCGUGGGUGUACCAGCUGCACGGCGUUUUGGUGCACAGUGGUGACUUGAACGCCGGCCACUACUAUGCUUUCUUGAAACCCACAAAGGACGGGCACUGGUACCGCUUCGAUGACGAUCGAGUUACUCGGGCUACGGACAAGGAGGUGCUCGAGGAGAACUACGGUGGUGAAUACGAACUGACCAACGGCGCCCCUGGCGUUCGGCAGCCUUACACCCGUGGUUUGUCCACGAAGCGCUCGAUGAAUGCUUACAUGUUGGUCUAUGUCCGGAAAACGAGAUUGGACGACGUCCUUUUGCCGAUCACGACGGAAGAGAUUCCCUCUCACAUCGAGGACCGAUUGAUUGAGGAACGCGCAGACAUGGCACGCAGGAGGAAGGAAAGAGAAGAGGCGCACUUGUACAUCAAUGUCGGAGUCAUGUCGGAAGAAUGCUUCCAGGCUCACCACGGGUUCGACUUAACCAGCAAUGAUUUGCCCAAUGACGACCCAGCACUGCCGGAUCAAUACCGAAUUCUUCGUUCUAAGAAGGUCGGCGAAUUUGCCGAGGAGCUCGCAGCCGAGAAGGGCCUCGAUGCUAGCCGGAUUCGCUUCUGGGUCAUGGUCAAUCGCCAGAACAAGACCACUCGUCCGGAUCAAGUCAUCAAGGACCCUGAGAUGACUGUCGAAGACGCCUAUGGCCGGUUCGGAACGAAAGGCAACCCCUUCAAACUCUGGAUGGAGGUCGGUCAGCCGUCUGCGGAUGGAACCAUGACGUGGCCGGACAGCAACAACACGGUGCUUAUCUUCCUGAAGCACUUCGACGCUCCGUCGCAGACAUUGACUGGUCUCUGCUCCGUCUACGUGCGCAGGUCGCAGAAGGUGGCGGAAUUGGCGCCCACCAUCCUGGAGAAGAUGAACUGGCCGGCUGGCACAGAGUUCAUGUUGUUCGAGGAGAUCAAGCACAAUAUGAUCGACGUCAUGAAACCCAAGCAGACAUUCCAGCAGUCCGAGAUCCAGGAUGGUGAUAUUAUUACCUUCCAAAGAUCCCUGAAAGAGUCCGAAUUGCCCCCGUCCGCAUUGUACACCGAUGCCCGGCAAUACUAUGACUAUCUUCUUAACCGGAUCAGCAUCACUUUCGCACCCAUCAAGGCAGCCGAUGGUGAUGAGUUCGUACUGACUCUUAGUCGCAAAAUGACAUAUGAUCAGUUCUCCCAGAAGGUCGGCGAACACUUGGGCGUGGAGUCCACGCAUCUGCGCUUUGCCCCUGUCCUCGCCAGCUCUGGCAAGCCCAAGGCAUUCAUCAAGCGCAAUUCCAACCAGGCCAAUCAGACCUUGUACCAGAUCCUCAGCGGGCAGAUCACCGGCUACGGAUACACAAUGCACCGUCAGGAUGCACUCUAUUACGAAGUUUUGGAGACUAGCCUGAGCGAUUUUGAAUCUAAGGCUAGCCUGAAAGUAACAUGGCUCCCUGAGGGCAUCACAAAAGAGCAAGUUUUCGAGGUCCUGGUACCUCGAGACGGCACCAUGUCUGAUCUCCUGGCCGGGUUGCAGAAAAAGGCCGGCUUUGAUGACGAGACUAUUCGUGAUGCUCGGGUCUAUGAGACGCACGGCGGUAAGAUUUACCGAGAGUUCCAGGGCGACUCGAAGAUCGCCGGUAUCAACGAAUAUGUUGUGCUCUACGCCGAGCGCACACCGGAAGAUGAACUCAAUAUGGAAGAGGGUGAGCGGACAAUCAAUGCGUUCAACUUCGAUCGCGAACCGAGCCGGCCUCAUGGAGUUCCUUUCAAAUUCGUGAUUCGACCAGGUGAAAUAUUCAAGGAAACGAAGGAACGGCUUUCCAAGCGAACGGGCAUCAAGGGUAAGCAGUUUGAGAAGAUCAAGCUUGCCGUCGUACCUCGAUCCUUAUACACCAACCCGCGAUAUCUUGAAGAUGAUGACAUACUUUCUGACAUCGUCGGUGAUUCCGACGACCUUCUUGGUCUCGACCAUGUAAAUAAGAAUCGGAGCUUUUGGAACCGAAGCGAAUCGUUUUUCAUCCGAUAGAGGCAGGGCAUCAUGAUUUCUUUUACUCUCUUAUUUCUUUCCUCUCCUGGUGCCUGCCCUUGUGCUUUGUUACAAGGGAUGUCCUCUUGACGUUGUGUAUGUGAUGGAUCGAGCAGGACAUAGUGCGUUUAAACUGCACCGGCGAUUUUCUUGCCUAUGAAGAACAAUAUAAACCUGGGCGAUUGCUGUUCAAUCUGUGUACUUUUUUUUUCUUUUUGUCUUGAUUGUUGUUUAAUGUUCCUGGAAUGGAUCUUGUGGAUGGCCAAGAGGUGCACGAGGAGGAGUGUUCUGGAGAUUUCGGAGGAUAAGGAAAAGCACAAUGAACGUGAUGACUACCA